UAGCACAAGUCUCAUAUGAGCUGAAUGUCUUGGGAUCUCGAGGUCCAAGGCGGAUGAACUGUGUAAUGCACUCCAUACCUGCCUCAUGCUUUGAGGCUGGUGGCAGUGUUCCUUGCCAGCCAGAUAGCAUCCUUAUCCACUCUCUUGGCGGAUCCUUCAGCAGUGUCUCUUUCUCAAAGUCAUCCACUAUGGACCAUUCUAUGCAUUUCAGCAGUGCCCGGUUCUCUGACGCCUCAACAGGAGGGGGCAUAGGGAUCGGAGGUCGGGCAUUGAGCGAUGAUGAAGAAUGCAAGGACAGGCCUUUGAUUCUCCGCAACAAGGCUCCAAGAAGGCAUGAGCAACUGCAGUGCUGGUGCCUCAACUUCCGGGGCCGGGUCACUGUUGCUUCGAUCAAGAACUUCCAGCCAGUUGCUGCGACACAGCCUGCUGUGGGAGCCCCGACUCAAUCGCAGCCAGCCCCACCACCUCCACCGGAUCAAGACAAGGUCAUCCUGCAGUUCGGGAAGGUCGCGUAGGACAUGUUCACCAUGGACUACCACUACCCACUGUCAGCCUUCCAGGCCUUCGCCAUCUGCCUGAGCAGUUUCGACACCAAGUUGGCCUGCGAAUAAAUCUGCCGGUGUCGGCGCAUCACCGGUUCUUGUCUGAGACUGAUGGUCGGUGUGUUCAUCCAAGAGGCUGGCUGUCCCCAAAUUUAGCUGGGGACGCCAUUCUUUUGCUGGUGCUGAUGCCUUAUUAACUCGGAAACAGCCCCCAAAAUGGGGUUAUUUCAGCAGCUUCCUUCUGAUAAUUUGUAGCUGCUGCUGCUGCUUUGAUGUGUAUUUUAUUCCCACUUGUUUUGGUCAGUAGCAUGCUCUGUAACAAUAAUUCUGUAUUAGUACUGGAUGCUUUUAGCACACUUCAUUGGAGCGUUCAUCAGGAAUUCAGGAUGUAUCAAGGGAGAUAGUUACAAUUUUAAUGGAUUC